AUGCUUCGGGCUGCCGUUUAUUUCUCGCUUAUCUCUCAAGCUUUCGCUUGGCUCCCAGGCGAGCAUAAGCAGAUCAUCGGUCGGGAUGGGGUCGAUCUUUUCAAUCGCAGCAGUCUUCACGAGGCUGGCCUCCUCAAUAAGCGCUUCCUACCUUCUGACUACGGCAAUGACAAAAAUGCCAUUCGCGGCGUCAACUUAGGUUCACUGUUCAUUCUGGAGAAUUGGAUGUCCAGCACUGUCAUGGGCUCCUGGGGUUGCAACACCAAGUCCGAAUUCGACUGCGUCUCGUCGCUGCCCAGUCAAGACGAUGCCAACAGCAAGUGGGCCCAGCACUGGCAGAACUGGGUUUCGGCUGAGGACUUCGAACGCAUGAAGGACUACGGACUCAACACUGUCCGUAUUCCAGUCGGUUACUGGUUCCUCGAGAGUAUAGUGAACCCCAGCGAGCACUUCCCCCAAGGCGGAGAGAAGUAUCUCGAUCAAGUCGUGGGUUGGGCCAGGGACGCUGGGCUGUAUACGAUUAUCGUUCUGCACGGCGCGCCUGGUGCCCAGGCCACUGACGCCUUCACUGGUCAAUACAACCCCAGCCCCGGCUUCUACGACGACUACAACUACGACCGUGCCGGCAAGUGGUUGGAGUGGAUGACCGAGAAGAUCCACAAUGACGAAGCCUACAAAGGCACCGUCGGCAUGCUCGAAUUGGUCAACGAGCCAGAACGAACAUUUGACAGCAAAUACCCUGACGCACAGCAGAAUACCGAGAGUAUGAACAAGAACUACUACCCCGACGCCUGGUCACGCAUCCGCAACAAGGAAGCCUCCCUGAACGUCGCCGCCAACGACCGCGUCCACAUCCAGAUGAUGAACGAGAAAUGGGGCUCCGGCGACCCCAAGCAGUCCCUCACCGACCUCACCUUCGCCGCCUACGACGACCACCACUACAUCAAGUACGCGGGCCUCCCCACAACGAAAUCCGCCUAUCUGCAAGAAGCCUGCACGACGGACCGCAGCGGCAACUGGCCCGUCUUUGUCGGCGAGUGGAGCCUGUCAGUCGACAGCUCCGUGGAGAACACCGACGACUGGAAGCCCGAUCACGACGUUGACUUUUACAAGAAGUUCUGGGCCGCGCAGGUCAUGAGCUACGAGAAGACGGCGGGCGGGUGGAUCUUCUGGAGCUGGAAGACGACGGGCUUGAAUGACCCGCGCUGGGACUAUCAGAUGGCGGUCGACCGGGGGAUCAUUGAUCGGAAUCCCGACACGGCGUACGAUGUGGGGGCGUGCUAG